AUGGCCACUGCCACCACCGCAAAAAUGCUGUCCCUUGAGGUCGGCGAGUCAAUUCCCCCUAACACGGCUCACGCGGUAAGCGUUUCCUUGCCAACAUGGAAGGCCAAUGUUGGUUAUGAGGAGGGCGAAGAUUGGGUAUUGAGCAAGAUGAAAACCGGCUACCCCCGAUUUUUCAUUCAUAAAACAAUCGAGGCAUUCGCCGAGGCAAUCGUACAGCGGCACGGCUCCCCCAUAGAGGAAGCAUUCUUGUUCCCUUCUCAUGCCGUCUCCGCGAGAUGUGUUCAGUUCCUGAGGGACCAGGUUCAGUCCCUUACGGCCCACUCAGUGCGGAUCGUUGAUCUGUAUCCGAAUGCUGGUCUGCCAAAUGGUGCCGGGAACUCCGAUGGAGCAUCCACGAAGCCAAUUGUCUCGGCUGUUUUGUUUCCCCAAGAUCAUGCCAAGAUUGCCAAGACUUUCUGGCAACACUCAGGCGAUGGUAUCUCUAGUCGACGAGCUGAAUACUGUCAUGACGCUCUCAAUGAGGGCCGCUUGACGACGAAGGGAGUCGCAUGCGAGAAAAGUAACGCUCAUAGCUUCAUAUCACCAAGCAAAGGACCACGAAGGUACCAAAAGAAAGACUCCGUGGACCUGUCUGCACACAAGACAAGUGAAGCCACAUACGGCCUUGAAGGAAAAGACUCAAAGCAAUUUGUUGAAGAGCGUUUUGGAAGGAAUCUUGAUGUGUCUCUCGCGGCUAACGCUAAGCUCGCGAUACGAAGACGUAUUGCUGGGGCAUUGACUGCUAAUGUUGAUCUACACGAAGCAUUGAAGAUGUCAAAGCCGCCAGCUCGCAAAGCCCACGUCGAAGGCUUUUCAGAAGACGAUGUAUACCUGUAUCCUUGCGGCAUGAGUUCAAUCUUUAACACCCACAGGACCAUGAUGGCUUGCAGGGGCCCAAGAAAAAGCAUCAGCUAUGGAUUUCCUUAUAUCGAUACUCUGAAAAUUCUGGAAAAAUGGGGUCCUGGGUGCUUAUUCUACGGUCACGGAUCAUCUGCAGACCUCGACGACCUGGAACAGCGGUGUGAAGCUGGUGAGAAAUACCUUGCUCUUUUCUGCGAAUUUCCUGGCAACCCUCUUCUGAAAACUCCUGAUCUUCGCCGGAUUCGAUCACUUGCCGAUCGUUUUGAUUUUGCCGUGGUUGUUGAUGAGACGAUUGGAAAUUUCAUCAACGUGCAUGUCCUACCCUACGCAGACGUGGUUGUUAGUAGCCUGACCAAAGUCUUUACCGGAGAAUGUAAUGUAAUGGGCGGGAGCUCUGUCCUUAAUCCGCAGAGCCGAUACUAUGUUGAAUUGAAAGAAGUAAUGGAGCAAGAUUACGAGGACAAUUAUUGGCCAGAGGAUGCAAUUUAUAUGGAGAGAAACAGUCGAGACUUUGUUUCACGGAUUGACAGGAUCAACACCAAUGCAGAAGCAAUAUGCGACAAACUCAAGGCCGCUUCAAUUGUUAAGGAAGUAUAUUAUCCCAAGUACAGCGCGACGCGGGAAUUCUACGAUCAAUAUCGCAACGCCGAUAAAGGAUACGGAGGCCUUCUUUCAGUGACUUUGAGAACACCAGAGCAAGCGGUGAUCUUUUUUGAUGAACUUGAAACGGCCAAGGGGCCGAGCUUGGGCACGAACUUCACGUUAAGAGCGGGCAAUCACGGUAUGGCAGUAUCUACAUUAGAGAACAGCUAUGAACCGCGAAAGCCAGCUAGAAGGAGGGCCGAGGCCCUCAAAUUGGAGGGAACGACAAUUGGGUUUGCCCACGUUCCGGGUCGCGCAUUCUACGCGUUGAUUAGCAAGAUGGACGAAAACUCACUGCAUGGAGAUAGAGUUACUUGA